UACUCCAAGCCAGCGGAUACGGUCUCCGACGUGACGGAGUGUGAACAGGCCAAAAAUCUGGGCGCCAUCAACAGCACCCUGAGUAACCAGAGCAAAGAGGCGUUCGUUAACUGGGAGAAACACGACGAUGCUCAGGAUCACUUCUGUGAGCUCGAUGAUGAAACCGCUCCAGACUCUGAGUACGUGGAUCUGCUGCUGAAUCCGGAGCGAUACACCGGAUACAAAGGACCUUCAGCCUGGAGAGUCUGGAACAGCAUCUACGAGGAAAACUGCUUCAAACCCAGAUCGGUGUACCGACCUCUGAACCCUCUGGCUCCGAGCAGAGGAGACGACGAUGGAGAGGGUUUCUACACGUGGCUCGAAGGGUUGUGUUUAGAGAAGAGAGUUUUCUACCGGCUGAUCUCGGGCCUCCACAGCAGCAUCAACAUCCACCUGUGUGCCGAGUACCUGCUGGACGAGGGUUGGGGCCGGUCGAUUUGGGGUCCGAACGUUCAGGAGUUUCGUCAGCGCUUCGACACGGCGGAGACGAAGGGCGAGGGCACGCGGCGGCUGAAGAACCUCUACUUCCUGUACCUCAUCGAGCUGCGCGCGCUCUCUAAGGUUUCUCCGUACUUCGAGAGAGCGUUCGUCAACCUCUACACCGGGAACCGGCAGGAGGACGGAAACACCAAGGAGCUGCUGCUGCAGUUCUUCGAUGAGAUCAAAACUUUCCCAAUGCACUUUGAUGAGAAGUCCAUGUUCGCCGGACAAAAGAUUGAAGCCAAAAUAUUAAAGGAGGAGUUUCGCCUCCACUUUAAAAACAUCUCCAGGAUCAUGGACUGCGUCGGCUGCAGUAAAUGUCGCCUUUGGGGAAAACUGCAGAGAUGA